CCUCCCUCCCUCCGCCCGAGAAAAUGCUGCGCCUGGCCCUGCGGAGCUCUGCCCGGCUGCGCCCCGGGCCGCUGCGCCCCCUGGCCUGCCAGCCCCUCUCCAGCGCCGCCGUGCCCGCGCCCAACCCGCAGCCCGACAUCGCCUACAACAAGAUUUUCAUUAACAACGAAUGGCAGGAUGCGGUCAGCAAGAAAACCUUCCCCACCAUCAACCCCUCCACGGGGGAGGUCAUCUGCCAGGUGGCAGAGGGCGACAAGGCCGAUGUGGACAAGGCUGUGAAGGCAGCCAGAGAUGCCUUCAAGUUUGGGUCACCUUGGAGAAGGAUGGAUGCUUCCCACAGGGGCAAAUUACUGAACCGGCUGGCUGACCUGAUUGAAAGAGACCGGACCUAUCUGGCCGCUCUGGAAACGUUGGACAACGGCAAGCCAUACGCCAUCUCCUACUUGGUAGACUUAGAUAUGGUUGUCAAGCAAAUCCGGUAAGAAUGGAUAUAAAUAGAUUCUCAACUUGCCAAGCCCAAUUCAGGAUGGCUUUUUUUUUUUUGCAGAGUCCUUGUUUUGCAGGGAAAGUCAUUUUAGUGAAAUACAAACAUCCUGCUGUUAUUUUCUGGCAGUUAAUAAUACAAGAUUUUUUCCCCCUCAUUCAAGUAAACCUGAAAUGUAAACUGGAAGGAAGGAAUCUUUCUUUCUAGAACUGGAACCAGGGAAACAAAUCACAUGAUUGGUUCAGCUGCAGAGAUCCCUCAGCCUAUUUGAAAAUGAGCGUCUGAAAGGAUUAAAAUAAAAGUCGAAAGAUUUCCUGAACUUUUGGUAGAGGGCAAAUGUUCUCUUCCCAUUUCAAAAGCUGAGCAUUAAGCAGGAAUUGGAUAAACUAAAUUGUAUCUACUACAUAUCGAAUAAUAUUUAUGGGACCUUGGAAUAUUGCAACACUUUUAGAUAUUUGCUUGCAUAAUAAUCACUUUGCAAUGACCCUUCUUCCCCACUAGUUUUUUUUCAUAUUUGCCGCAUUUUUUGGAGUAUAAGACACGCCUUUUUC